CAUACCGUUCAACGACGUAUAAAACAUGUAUCUGAUAAGCAUACUAAUUGGCAUGAUAGCAGACUGGACUGAAUACAAUAAUUGCAAUGGUUUAUCCACAUUCAUUUCCAGUAAUGCUUUGUCGUCGACUGUGUAAAGGUGGAUUGUGGAAACUCAUAGGCGCGAAUAAUUGUGAAAGUAAAUAUUAUAAACAUAACCUCAAAUUUCCGAGAGCUAUGACCAUGGAUAAGCGACUGUUUAAUGUCAUCGGAGUCGGACUUGCCUUUAUGCUUACAUUUAUGGCAUUCCAAACUAUGGGAAAUAUUGAGACCACAAUUCUGAAGAAUGUUCAAGAUGACGACCCAAGCUUUACUGGAACUGGAUAUAACAGUCUGGCUAUUAUAUAUGCCGUUUUGUCUAUUUUCAAUUGGAUUUCGCCUUCUGCUAUUUCUAUUUUUGGGCCCAAAUUUGCUAUGUUGAUUGGAUCUGUCACAUAUUUAUUAUUCAUAAUGUCAUUCUUAUGGCCCAACACAUGGUUUCUCUACAUAGCUAGUGCUAUCAUUGGAGCGGGUGCAGCCUUGAUUUGGACCGGCCAAGGUACUUAUCUGACCUUGAAUUCGACAAAGGCCACCAUAUCACGGAAUUCUGGAAUUUUUUGGGCUAUGUUGCAAUGUAGCAUGCUGUUCGGAAACUUAUUUGUCUACAUCAAAUUCGAUGGGCAGGACCAUAUCGAAAAGGAUGUACGAAAUUUUGUAAUUUGGGUUCUAUCUGGACUAGCAAUGGCUGGUGUUGUAGUCUUCGUCCUUCUUCCCAAUCCACCAAAAUUAUCCGAGGAUGCGGUGCAAACAGAAGAACCUAUCCCUGGACCAUUGCAGGUUUUUAAGGACGCAAUGAAGCUUUUCGUGACUCCAAGAAUGCUAAUGUUGAGCUUGGCAUUUUUUUACAGCGGUAUUGAAUUGGGAUUUUACAGUGGCGUCUACAGCACGGCCGUUGGAGCCACUUUAAAUCUCAGCGACUCCAAGAAGUUGGUCGGUCUUUCAGGAGUGUUUAUAGGUAUUGGAGAAGUUUUAGGUGGUUUAUGUUUUGGUAUCUUGGGCAAAAAGACCACCAAAUGGGGCAGAGAUCCAAUAGUCAUCGCUGGAUUCGUGAUCCACAUUCUGGCAUUCUUUGGAAUCUUCAUCAAUCUUCCAAACCAGUCACCCAUACAUGACACUAAUGACGAAGCCUUCAUAACCAGUUCUACUGAGUUGGCGAUGGCUUGCUCAUUCUUGCUUGGUUUUGGGGAUGCAUGCUACAAUACCCAGUUCUAUUCGAUAAUUGGGAGCCUCUAUUCUAAUAAUAGCGCAUGUGCCUUUGGCAUAUUCAAAUUUGUCCAGUCUGUUGCUGCUGCAGCCGCAUUCUUCUCUGCCAAAUACGUACCUCUUUAUGGACAAUUAGGGAUUCUCUUAGCUCUUGCCAUCGUUGGAACGGCUGGUUAUAUAUGGGUGGAAUUUAGCGUAAGAAGAGGUAACAGUACGAGCAACAUGAAGUCAGAUUCAGAAUCGUCUAUAAAUUCCACUGAAUGAAACGUGACAUUGUCGAAUAUUGAGGUUUCGUAAAUAUUUAUUUCAUAAGAAUUAAAUCCCGAAAAUUAUGUGAUAGAUUGGUUCCUGACCAGACAUAAUAUUAAUUAUCGAUACUUGGAACGAAACUUUUGAUAAUGUACCUAAUAACGAAAUGCAUAACUAAUUUAUAAUCUAGUUUUGAAAUCGACUGACUUAUAUAGUAUGUUCAAGGUAGGAGAACUUGUCUGAUACUGAAACUGAUAGUAGUAUGGUAAGAAAUUUCAUGGAUAGAAAAAAAAAAUUGGUGUGUAAGUUUUGUAACGAUCUAUUUGGAACUUUUUAUAUUUUAAAUACUGUGAAAUUUACUUAGAUAAAAUUUGAAUUGAGUGAAAACUUAAUGAAAAUUCCACAUUGAGGCUAAAAUACAGUUACCCAUAGUUGUUUUACAAUUUUUUUACAUAUAUAUCAAUUAUAGAGAAUUGAUUGUACCUAUUUAUAGUUGUUUUGUUUAUUUGUCUGUGAUCCGUUUAUUCAAAUUUCAAAAUGUGUUCCUAAGAAAAGGAUUACGGCUCAAGGUAGAAUUUCAUAAAAAAAACUUUCGUGAUAUAUUUAUAUUCUGAAAUAAAUUAAAUCACUCAUUGAAAUGUUCAUGCACAUAACAAUAUUAAGAAUAAAGUAUUACAAAAACA